GGAAGCUCAAGCUCAAGCUCGGGGGUUCCUAGACUACAACACGUUAGACUGCAGCAUUGCGAUAUCUUUAUGUCUUCUACCAAGGCAAUUCUGCUUAUUAGAUCUCAUAUAAUAUACAUCUAGCUCUUACGAGAAGAUAUUCGUCUCUUCUAUCCCUCCCUCUCCGCGCCGGAGGUCACUGCCCAUCCAAUCAAUCAACCAACUACCUCAUCCCCAGAGAUUGAAACGCAACCAUGCUCUCCUCCGGCUUCACCAACGCGUCCGUAUCGAAAUCUCUCCUGAUCUACGUGGUGGUGUCGUCGAUCGCGCUCGCGCUCUUCGAUUCCAAACACCUCGCUCAUAUCCAGGUCGUGCCGCAUCUCUGGGGAUAUGGCCAGCUCUGGCGCGUGUUUGUCUGGCAGGUGGCUGGGUAUGCGAACUCGACGGAGACGCUGUUUGCGGCGAUGUUGGUUUAUCAUUUACGUGUGAUUGAGAGGGUUUGGGGGAGGAGGAAGGUUGCUACAUUUAUACUUACAACUCUUCCAUACACGACCAUCCUCACGCCGCUACUUCUGGCACUUGUCAUCCGACCCCUUUCGCUAGGAACGAUCAAUUACCUCCCCUCCGGCCUGACAGCGACCAUAUUCGCCCUCCUGGCCCAAUUCCACGCCAUCAUCCCGCAUACUUUCAAAUACCGCAUUUCCACAUCCACUACCUCUACUCAAUCCUCUUCUACCUCUUCCGCAUCAUCCUCCCCUGCAGCCCCAGCAACAGCAGCUACUCCAGCCAAAAAGUCCCUAACGAUCCUCUUCUCCGAUAAAUCAACCACCUACCUCCUCGCGGCGCAACUGGCCCUAUCGCAAUUCCCCUUCUCCAUCCUCCCCGCCCUAGUCGGGUGGUGCGUUGGGGUCGCGUGGCGCGUGGAGAUUCUGCCUUUCGGGAGCAAAGGAUGGAGAGUGCCCGCGUGGAUGGUUGGCGAGAAGGAGGUGCGUAGGACGCAGUCGUCAGGAAACAAUGGUAGUUCUGAUGCGGAGAGGUAUGAGGAUCUGAGAAGGAGGUUGGAGGACGAGAGUCGGGCUGCUGCGGCGGCGGCGGCGUCGACGAGUAGUGGUGUUGAUGCUGGGGAGAGGGGGAGGAAUAAUGGCGCUGGACCAGCGCAGGGGGGGUUGUUGGAGAGGUUCAGGAGGGCGUUUUAACUAGUUUUUUGUUUGUAUUUCGUUUUGGAUUGGAUUGGGCUUGUGGUGUUGGAUUGCCAAUUGGUGGAUAUGGUAUUGGUAUUGUUUGGAUAAAAAGGAAUAUAUCACUUAUUUACCAUCUCUCCGGUUCUACUCAUAUCAAGCACAGGUAAAUACCAUGCAUAUUCUGAAUAGAAGAUGUGGAAUAUGGAAUAUUGUCUAUUGCAGGUAAAUAUUCAAUCAACAGUAUGGCUGGAGAUCGCAU